AUGUUCUCAAAAUUAGCUAUCGGCUCAGCAGUAAUCGGCGCGGUUUUUGCAGCCAGUGUUCCAAGUGAAGCCCCAUACAUUUCGAGACCAGAGAUAAUCCCAUCCGAACUCGAUGUUCAAAUUAAUAAAGGCGGAGUAGAAAACUCGUAUAUUUUCUUAUGCCCAUGGAAUCCUGGUGAUAUUCCUGACACUGCUCCAUACUUUGGCCCACAUAUCUACGACAAAGAUGGUAACUUGGUAUGGACUGGAUAUGGGCUACCACAAUCUAUCUCCAAUUUCACGCCAAUUCAAUACCACAGAAAUUCUUCCAAUACCACUGGACUAUCAUAUUGGACUGGUACUGUAUCUGGAGUCGGGCUAGGCUUUGGUAGCUAUCGAGAAAUGGACAACAGCUAUAGAAUUACAGAAAAUUUGGGAUUCCAAUCUCCAUUUUUAAACGAUUUCCAUGAAUUCAGCGAUUUCGGCGAUGGUACAGCAGUCUUUUCUACUUAUCAAGCAAUUCCAUACAACUUGUCUACUUGGAAUUCAUCCAUGGAAGACGGAUGGGUUUACCAAAAUGUUAUCAAUGAAAUCGACACAUCUACCGAUGAAGUAAUUUUCCUGUGGAACUCUAUUGAACAUAUACCAAUCUCCGAAUCAUUAGUUUUAAACCAAAUUGAAGAUGGGAAAGGUAAAUCUAAUGAAUAUCCGUUCGAUUACUUGCACAUGAAUUCUAUCGAUAAAGAUAGAGAUGGAAAUUACUUGAUCUCAGGCAGACAUGCUUGGUCUCUUUAUUAUAUUGAUGGUAAAUCCGGAGAUUUGAUCUGGACUUUGAACUCUAAUCCUGAAGGUACUACCAAUUGGAACGUUGAAGAUGAUGCUACCUUUGCAUACCAACACAAUGCUAGAUUUGUUGAUGCUGAACUUAUUGGGGAAGAGUCCAAUGACACUGUUCGAUACAUUUCUCUCUUUGAUAAUGAAAGCAACGGCCACACCCCAAAAGGAUUCCGAGACAGAUCUCGAGGUAUCAUCCUUAAAUUGACCACUAGUAAAGGUAACUGUUUUACUACCAAGAGUAAUGAUACUAUUGGUAAAGUCGAAUUAUUCCAAGAAUAUAAAUCUGGUGAUGCUAUUGAUGAUUUGUGUACUUCUCAAGGUUCUGUUCAAGUAUUGGAUAAUGGUAAUGUGUUUGUUGGUUGGGGAGCAAAUCCCGGUGUAUCUGAAUAUACUCUUGAUGGUGAUAAAAUCUUUGAAGCCGUACCAAAGGAUAGUACCAUUUCUUACCGAGCUUUCAAAGGUAACUGGACUGGUAAGCCAUUCCAAGACCCAGCUAUUGUCGCCAAUGCAUUUGAAUCUAACAGUUCAACUGUAAUGUAUUUCUCAUACAAUGGGGCUACUGAGGUCAAGAAAUACAACUUGUAUGGUGGUAAUUCUACUUCCGAAAUGAGUAUGAUUACUCAGCUCGAUAAGGUUGGAUUCCAAGGUAUCUACACUGCUAAGGAAUUUUACCCAUAUGUUAAAAUUGAAGCGCUCGAUAGUGAUGGAAAGAAAUUGGGUGAUCAUAGUGCUUCUUCUUACUUAAUGAAUCGAAAGGAUUAG